UAACCGGCCAUCUCCGAUUCCGAUUACCGACAACCUUAUCAAUGAGAAUAUAUGUCAUGUGACACAAUUACCUAAUUAUGGGGUAUUAUCUAAUCAAUAGAAAUACAUAUGUACAUACAUGUAUGUACCUAGGUAUAGUAGUUGUUCUUUUUUAAUAAAAACAGGAAAAAGAAGAAUAGGAAGAAAAAGGAAAAGAAAAGAAAAAAGAGAAAAAUAACUACAGAAUAACAGUCUUUACUUUUAUCUACGACAAGGAAGCGACCAAAUUUGGCUGCAAAGAUGAUGGCGGCCCGUGUGUUGCCAUUACGCUCUCAACGUUGGUUCUCUCGCGGUUAGACGGCGCUUGAACUCCAACAAUCGGAAUCACUACAUCGUUCUCCAAUGAACUUAAUAUAUUGGAAGGUUAAUAAGUGAGGCAUGUGAUAAGGUUGUGUUAAAUCCUGAUCACGAUGGACGUGCACCCACAAGGUAUUUACACCUAAAUAUUUAGGGGCAUCUCUCGUUACUCCUCUAUAACACCCCCUUAAAUGGCGAACUGCGAACAAAUUUGAACCCUAAGGAAAAUACAUAGUUCCAGAAACUAAAAUCUCAAAGCCUACCUAAACAUCAUGUCGACAGAGCAAGAAGGGAAAGGGUCUAUACCCAUGUAUAUUGCUACUCUAGAAAAGAGAAAGCGGUUCGAGAGGUUAGCCCCGGGCAAGGAAGCAUUUCGUAAUGUCAUGCCCAGCCAGAAAGAGGCCCUUCGUCGAGAGCUGAGUAUUAUCACCAAUAGCGCAACCAUCACGUCAAGAGAUCGAAUUCUACACCAAAUCAGGGCUAAUAGGGAAUGUUUAUACGCUUUGAGUACCUACGCAAAGGUCACUUCCCCAACUGCUUACUUUUCCGCCAACCUGUCGCGAAGACCUUUGCACAGUAUAGACUUGUUUGAUUGCAGCAAUAAGUCUACUGCACUGUAUAUUUUCGAUCCCCGAAUGCAAUUCUCAAACGUGAUGGCGGAACCUAUAAACUCGUGGAUGCAUCGGCAGUGGUUCGAUCCAUACCGAACAGACGUCGAGUUCUGUCGAUUUCCGAUCAAGUCCUUUGCGGUUCAUUACAACGUGGCCGCCCUUGGCUCCAACCCAGACACAGACCAACUGAUUGCUAUGCAUACUGAUAUCUGUGAACGAGCACAACUUACCACAGCCGUUGGUAAUGGCACGGGAGACCCUACACUGCCAAUACUAGGUCCACUUCGCGGACCGGCCACCCCUGAUAUUGAUAUACCGGUUGCUCACUACGACAGCUGCGAGCGAGCGCAUAUACUUCAACCCCUCUUCAAAGCUUUCUUUAUGGUCGCAACGAACUAUGGAGUCGGCAAUAGCGGAUUUGGAGAACUGGACGAUGUGGCAAAAAUAACAGUACGGCUUAUUCUCACAGGCAUCACUGACGGAUUAAGUGCACCAAUAUCAUUCGAACCGUUACGGGAAAAUGCACUCGAUGGUACAUACGCACCCAACUCGAACACUAUAACGACAACUAUGGGCGCGGCUACCAAAUUUAUCCUGGAGCUCGAAGCACGUGAAAUCUCUGCAUUCGGUAUUCGGCCUGAUAUAAAAGCUCUGUCCCGUGAAGAGAUCAGUCGUGCAUUUAGGUUCUCCAAAGACGCGGGACUAGAGUACGCAAAAGAACUUGGUUGGGUGGAAGCGAGGGAUGGAAGGCUGGACGAAGUGAGCCCAAGAAGUGCUGAGUGGGUAAAUCCUGAGAAGUUUCCGCUUUGGGUUGGCACAGGUGCUGAGAAAGCGAGAAGUUUCACCGAACACGUUACCAGCACGUUUGGAUUACACAAAAAAUAUCGCCUCUCUAGGCAUUGGUGGUGGGAGUUGGAGCAACCAGCAGAGCUCAAAAAGCCGGAAGACCUAGAAGAGAAGGAUGACAACAAAUCGACCCCCAAAGCUCGACCGCGAACUAGACCUGGCCGUUAGCCUGCGAUGAGUAGCUAGGUAUCUGAUUAUGCGAGUGAGUAUUCAUGGCUUCUUAGUAUCGGAAGCUAUUUAUGCUGACGAGACAAAAUUGAUAUGCUUUAGAUCCUCAAGAGUCAGGGCCGUGUUAUUAGAUGGAAUGCCAUUGGGAGAUAUCAGGACUUUCGAAUUAAGAUACGUCAAAACUAUUUAGUUAGGCAGACAACCUGGCUACAUCGUUACAUUUACUCAGUCUGUAUUCUCCUCAAGGAGAUGGGUAGCUUGAUGCGCGGGCGGAGUACGUUUCAUACGGAGUAGACUUUAUACCCUGGGCUUCACAGAUUGCAUGGUUUCAAACUAGAGGACACCGAUUCGGGUGACAAAAGAAAUAAUAGAUGUAACUAAGGAUGGCUACCUAUUUCUGUACUCAAUAUUCCAAUUACUUUCAUCAACU